UGUACUUCAUUCCCUCCUAUAUAAACCCUACAUAUACCUCUUUGCUUGACUCACAAAGCAAUAUCUAAUUAGCUCUAAACCUCAUAAAGCAUAACACGCACAAAUGGGUUCUCAUCUCCAAUUAUCUUUCCUUGUGCUUGUUAUGGUCACUUUGGCAACAUUUAUGAUCCCUACCUUUGCUCAGCUCACUCCUAAUUAUUAUGACAAAGUUUGCCCUCAGGCGUUGCCAAUCAUAAAGUCAAUUGUUAAGCAGGCAAUUAUUCGUGAAAAACGCAUUGGAGCAUCCUUGCUGCGUUUGCAUUUUCAUGACUGCUUUGUUAAUGGCUGUGAUGGAUCAGUGCUGCUAGAUGACACACCUUCCUUCUUGGGGGAGAAGACUGCACUUCCAAAUCUUAAUUCAAUUAGAGGAUUUGAGGUGGUUGAUGAAAUCAAAGUAGCAGUUGACAAAGCUUGCAAUCGUCCUGUAGUAUCAUGUGCAGAUAUCUUAGCUGUUGCAGCUCGUGACUCUGUAGCUAUAUUGGGGGGUGCACAAUAUUGGUACCAAGUGUUACUAGGCAGAAGAGAUGCAAUAUAUGCAAGCAAGGAUGCGGCAAAUGCCAAUCUCCCUCCCCCAUUCUUCAACUUCCCACAGCUUCUUGCUAGUUUCCAAUCUCAUGGCCUUGACCUCAAGGAUCUAGUGGUCCUCUCUGGUGGCCACACAAUUGGACUAGCAAAGUGCAUUACCUUCAGGGACAGGAUCUUCAAUGAAACCCACAUAGACCCCAACUUCGCAGCCACUUUGCGCGAUUCAUGCCCUCGAAGAAGCGGUGAUGGAGACACUAACCUAACACCAUUGGAUGCCUCCUCUCCUUCACAAUUUGACAACACAUACUACAAGGCUUUGUUGCACAAAAAGGGUCUCCUCCAUUCUGAUCAAGAGCUAUUCAAGGGUGGUGAUGAUGGUGGUGAAAGUGAUAGAUUGGUGCAGCUAUACAGCUAUGACCCUUAUGCUUUUGCUAGAGAUUUUGGUGUCUCCAUGAUUAAGAUGGGUAACUUGAAGCCUCUUACUGGGUAUGAGGGAGAGAUCAGGUACAAUUGCAGAAAAGUCAACUACUAGCACUGCAUAUCAUAAGGAUUAUGAUUGAACAACUGUUUAAUAUAUAUAAAGUCAUGUGUCAAUUUGGCAAUUUUUAUAAUCUCUAUACAUUAUCUUAAAAUACUGUUUAUUGAUUGUGGCAAUAACACUCUCUGGUUCAACCCUACUCAAACAGGAUUGUCUCCGAUGAAUAAUAACGUGGUCUAAAUAAAAACAAAAUAAUGAACCGUGGAGUGUAAGAAGUCUGUAAACGCGAGAUGCGUUGCUAUUACUAUUAUUAUUUUCAUUUGUUUCGUUGUGAGACCAAUUGGCUCUUGCCUUGGAAGUCUUUAUAUCAAAAUGUAUAUGUAAUUCGGUUGUAAUCACAAUCAAAAAGUGUUAUUGGUUUA